GAUAAUGCUUGACUUCUCAAUGGCGGCGGGCUAGUCGGGAUUCAUGAAGCCUUUUUUUUUGUGUGUAAUAUGGGGUUUGUUAUACGGGGGAGGCUGUGAAUAAAGUGUGUUUCCUUUCCCUCUUCUUUUCUUUCUUCUUCCCUUCUCAGUCUUUCUUACAAUUGUCUUUUUUUCUUCUUUCUUGGUAGAGUUUCACAUACGACCAGUGGAUGGUUUGAACUCUGCAAAGAUGUUGCAAUCAUUUAGCCUACAACAUGUUCUUGCAUGGCUAGGGAUUCUGCUUGGCGGCGGAGUCUUCUAUGUCUUUGCCAUCAUCACCUACCGCAUUUUCUUCCACCCUCUUGCAAAAUAUCCGGGUCCUCUCAUCGCAAAGGUCACAGAUGCCUACCAGCUCUACUACGCCUGGAGGGGCGAUCGCCACCUUCAGUUCUGGCGCCUGCAUCAGAAAUACGGCAAAACCGUCCGCUUUGGCCCCAACUCGCUCUCAUUCAGCACCCACCAGUCGCUGCAGGACAUCUACGGCUUCAAGGCCAACGUCCGCAAGUCCGAGUUCUACGACUCCUUUGCCCACCCGGUGCACAACACUCACAACACUCGCGACAAGGCCGUUCACGCCCGCAAGCGCCGCGUGCUCUCCCACGCCUUCUCCGAGAGCGCUAUGAAGGACAUGCAGCGAUUCAUUCUCAACAAUGUGCGCCUGUUCUGUGAGCAGCUUGGCAUCGAGGAUGGCGGAGCCGACUCCAAGGGCUGGACUCAGCCGCGAAAGAUGGACGACUGGUGCAACUACCUGGCCAUCGAUGUGCUUGGUGAUCUGUGCUAUGGUAAAUCAUUCCGCAUGCUGGAAAGCGCGGACAACCGCUUUGCCCUGGACUUGGUCGAGGCCGCCACCACCAGACACCUUGUUUGCGGUACUAUGCCCAUCGUCAACAACCUCGGACUCGACAAGUACAUGUUCCCUGCUCUGGCCGCUGGACGUGCGCGCUUCAUGACCUACAGCAAGGCCCAACUGACGGAGAGAACCAAGCUUGGAGAGGAUGCGGACCGUCGCGAUUUCUUUUGGUACCUUCUCAAGGCUCGUGAUCCCGAAACUGGCGAGGGCUUUACUACUCCUGAACUCUGGGCUGAAUCCAACUUGCUCAUCAUCGCCGGAUCUGACACAACCUCCACUGCCAUGGCCGCUACCCUGUUCUACCUUACCCGCAACCCCGCGGCCAUGAAGAAGGUUGUUGAGGAAAUCCGAGGCAAGUUCAACGACGUCGAGGAGAUUGUCCAGGGCCCUGCCCUUUCAUCCUGCAGCUACCUCAAGGCUUGUAUCGACGAGGCCAUGCGCAUGUCCCCCUCUGUUGGCGGUAUUCCUCCUCGCGAGGUCAUGGCUGGCGGCGCCACCAUUGAUGGCGAGGUGCUUCCCGAAGGCACCGUCGUCGGAACUGCCCACUACAACAUCCACCACAACGAGACCUACUACCCCCAGUCAUUCACCUAUGUCCCUGAGCGUUGGGUUGCCGGCGACGUGAACCCCAUCACCGGAAAGCCAACCACCAAGGAGGAGGUUGAGAGGGCACACAGCGCUUUCGUCGCCUGGAGUCUUGGACCCCGUGGAUGCAUUGGCAAGGCCAUGGCUUAUGUUGAAAUGACCCUGUCUCUUGGCCGAGCCAUCUACCUGUAUGAUAUGCGACGAGCAGUUGGUGUUCAGGACAUCUCUGAGGGCCACCCUGACCUCGAGUUUGGACGACACCGCGCCAACGAGUUCCAGUUGAGAGACAUCUUCACCAGCGGCAAGUGCGGACCUCUUGUUGAGUUCCGACGUGCCGAGAAGGCUUAAAUUUUUCACUUAUGGCUUCAUGUAUUUUAUGACGUUGUUGGAUGAGAUAUUGAUGACUGUAACUUUUUGGAUGGCAUGUAUUGGCAAACGAAACUGAAAUUGCGCCGAGAUGGAAUCAAGUGCCAAAGAACAUGUACAAAGCAUGGAGCUGUGAAGGCUCAUGCAAGGAAAUAAAAAAGUAAAUGAGACGGAAAAAAACACAAUAAAAUCUGUUUAAAUUAAACCA